AUGUCUUUCUCGGGUGUUAAAGUUGCUCCAGAAUGUUUGGAAGCCUUCCAAGAGCUCAAGUUGGGCAAGAACCUUCGUUAUAUUGUUUUCAAGAUGAAUGACACUAAGACCGAAAUUAUUGUUGACAAAAAGAGCACCGAUAAGGACUUUGACACUUUCCUUGGUGAAUUGCCCGAACAAGACUGCCGCUAUGCCGUCUACGACUUCGAGUACAACUUGGGUGAAGGUCUUCGUAAUAAGAUUGUUUUCAUCAGUUGGUCUCCUGAUGUCUCUCCCAUCAAGUCCAAGAUGGUUUACUCUUCCUCCAAGGAUACUCUCCGUCGUGCCUUUACUGGUAUCACCACCGAUAUUCAAGGCACUGAUUUCUCUGAGGUUUCUCAUGAAGCAGUCAUGGAAAAGGUUACUCGUAAGUAA